AUAUGAUUGAUUGCAAUAUUUCUCCAUAGACGAGUCCACAUCACGAAAGAGACCCUCGACUGUCUGGAUGGUUUCUACGAGGUGGAAGAGGGUCACGGGGGUGAAAGGAACGCGUACCUGAAGGAGCACAAUAUCAAAACGUACCUGAUCGUCCCUGGGGAUUCGCACAGAAGUAACAUACCUUCAGGAUUGAGAAAGGGUUUGCCCGCGAACGGGAACGUGUCCAAAGAGAUGAGGGUGAUGGGGCACGGGUCUCAACACGGGAAACAGAACAAAUUAGGCUUUGGAGAGACGACAGAGGCGAAAAAAGACCCUGAAGACGAGGUGAACGAGUAUCUGAUGAGGGCGAUCGAUGCCAGGAGCAUAGAUCAAUUAAGAACAGAAUAUUGCACUCCUUUCAUCCUAACAUUUCGUAAUCCCGACGUUGAGAAGAAGUAUUCACGCGAAAGGGAUAGAAUGCUGUCAGCAUAUUUCGUCUGUUCCGGUUUCGUGUAUAUGGUGGUCGUGAUUGCUAUAGCAAUCACUCUAUACGGGAAUGGAUAUUUUUACACAUGUGUAACUCUGAGCAUAUUGAUAAUUGCGAUAAUCAAUGGCAUUCUGUUAGCAGAAAAGAACAAGGUAGUGCCACAAUGUUUUCGAAAUUUUGCGGUGCACGUAUUCGAGAAUCGUGGAGUGGCACAAGCUCUGGCCACGUAUGUCGUGUUUCUAACUUUCGUCACAGCACUGUCGCCACUGCUCACGUUGGAAGAUGGCCAUGUAUGCGGAAACGGCACUUUUUUGUUCACCAAGUGGCCUGAUAAUUCCAGUGUCACUUUCCAAAGUAUUGACACACCCGUCAAUGUUUGCUAUUACACCGUUUUCGCUGACCUUUUCCCAGUAUUGGUGAUGCUAGUUAUGAUAACCUGCGCAGUCUAUCAGAUUUUAACAUCGGUAUUGAAAGUGGCUAUACUAAGUCUAGUAGUUGCUUGCUACUUAGCUAUCAGCAUCUACGAAGCCGUACACGAGAAAGACGUGGAAUUGACUGGAAGGUGGUUGGCAGGAGUUCUGGUAGUUUUCUUUAUGACUUGCUUGAUUGCCCAUUCCCAACACACAGAAGCCACUUACAGGCUGGACUUUCUAUGGAAGCUCCAAGCCACGGAGGAGAAAGAGGAAAUGGAGCAUUUGAAGGCCUAUAAUCAAAAAUUGUUGGCGAACAUACUUCCGGAACAUGUAGCGGCCCAUUUCCUGUCUACGGUUAAUUCAGACGAGCUGUACCACGAACAGUGCGACUUCGUUUGCAUAAUGUUCGCCUCGAUACCAAACUUUUCCGAGUUCUACGUGGAAUUGGAGGCGAAUAACGAGGGUGUCGAGUGUCUCAGACUCUUGAACGAGAUCAUAGCCGAUUUCGACGAGUUGCUCGCCGAGGAGCCGUACAAAUACAUCGAGAAGAUCAAGAGUACGGGGGCCACGUACAUGGCUGCAUCCGGAUUGACGAAAAGCACCUGCGACAUGAAAAAUUACAAACACGUGAUAGCGAUGGCGGACUACGCUCUGAGGAUACGCGAACAGCUGGCUUCCGUUAAUGAGCACAGCUUUAACAACUUCCGGUUGCGUGUGGGCAUCAAUAUUGGACCGGUGGUUGCCGGAGUGAUAGGCGCCCGGAAACCGCAAUACGACAUUUGGGGUAACGCGGUGAACGUGGCCUCGAGGAUGGAGUCUACGGGCGUAUUGGAUGGAAUUCAGGUCACCCAGGAGGUUCGAGACAUCCUGACCGCGAAAGGAUAUCCGCUCAGUUGUCGUGGCACCAUCCAAGUGAAAGGAAAAGGUAGCAUGGUCACCUAUUUCCUCGACGGCCCUCGUGAUCCAGCCAAACGGCGAACAUCCGCAAUGAUAACGACGAGGAAAGGAUAAGUUUCGUCGAUAAUUUCAAUCUGGAUGGGUCAGUGUCGAAGAAGAAGAAGAAGACUUGAUCGAUGGCUGGGCUCAACGGUUGCUGUGAAACAAUCCUUCGAGACGAGAGGAAGAUCGAGAGAAAAUUCUGCGCGUGCGCAAUAUUUUUGAAGAUUAUCCGAAAACUGUUAGAAAAAUGAAGAGGAAGAUUUGAAGAUGCGAGCAGUUAUUUUUCGCUAAUAGACGUUACAUUAUCCAUUUGUAAAGAAAUAGUCUCGAGAACAACAAUUUUCGGGAGUAAUUACUCUCAAAUGUACUUUGCACCUACGAAUUUUUGACAACUCGUUUCGUCGAUUAGGUUAGGUUUCUUUUCAUUGACACGUUCGUAAAUCGGAGGAAAUAGUGUAUUCAGAAUAAUCAUACGAUCUACAAAUGUUCGUGGAAAUAUCUUUUGAGGAUCGAUUCUAGAGACCAAAGUACAAAAGUUGGUGUAGAAAAAUGUCAAUUGAGGCUUAUUCGUUAAAUUAAAAGCAAUUGAAGUUUGCGUUAAAUGAAACGAGAUACUUUUAUCUCCGUCGCACCAUCGUGUCGUUAUAUUUCUAUCUUGCUUCAUCUAACGCAAAUUCAACUCCUUGUAACUUGGAUAAAUUAGUCUCGACAUUUUUGUAUAUCAAUUUUUGUAUUUUUGUUUUUUAUUUCUAGAAUCUUAUUCUUCAAAGAUGUUCCAUGAAUAUAUUAACAUUUCGUAUAUUUUGUCAGAUAUUUAUGUUUGUUUUUUUUUUUUUCCAUUGAUAAAUAUUUUGAAAGAAAUACACGAAAUGCGAUGAAUUUAAGAAAAAAAAAUGUCAAUGAAAUUGGUUGAUUCAAAGGUGAUUUGAUUUGGAAAAUCUGAUUUACUGGAAGCGUGGAAGAGAGAAAUAUUCGGCUGUUUCUUUCUUUGUCUCACGAACGCCGACUGCCGUCCUUAAUGCGGUUCAAUCGAUCUCCAAAACACGUCGAUUAGUCAUAAGUUAGAAACGGAAAAUCGUGUAAACUCGAAUCUUUCCGUAUCUCCCUAUUUUGGGAAAAUAUGACUUGUACUUAAGUCGUAUCUCGCUAUUCUGUGUAUGAUUAGAUGUUUCGGUUCUAUUCCGGGGAAUAAUCUUUCAAAGCUGACAGCAAGACUAAUUUGUCAAUAUUUAUAAACUGUUUCAACUAUUUUAAUUGGGUUUCAUAAUGAAAAUUUAUGAAUAAUAAUUUUAAAAAAAUGGAUAAAAAAAUAAA